CUCCCCUCCCCCUCCCUCUUAUGGGUGGCGCAAGGCCGGGAGGCCUGUGCUAUCCCAGGGUGCUGUUCGCGGCGUGGGCUCUGCCGUCCCGCUGGGAGCGACAAUCUGCACCGAGACUCUACCAACGAGAUGCUGCGGGCCGCCGCCAAACGGACAUGUUAGCGCCGAGGCCCUGAAGGCGGGAGGCAGCCGAAACCGACGUCCCUCCACCUCCACCCACGGGCUCCCUCACGCGCGCGAAGGAGAGGCCGCCAAGCAGCAACAUGGAGGCGGUGAACGCCUUCAACCAGGAGCUCUUCUCACUGAUGGAAAUGAAACCACCUAUUUCUCGUGCAAAGAUGAUUCUCAUUACUAAAGCUGCCAUUAAAGCUAUUAAGCUUUACAAGCAUGUAGUCCAGAUUGUAGAGAAGUUUAUAAAAAAGUGUAAGCCGGAAUAUAAAGUUCCUGGAUUGUAUGUUAUUGACUCUAUUGUUCGUCAGUCUCGUCAUCAAUUUGGAACAGACAAGGAUGUUUUUGGGCCAAGAUUCUGUAAAAAUAUAACUGCCACAUUCCAGUAUUUAUAUCUGUGUCCAUCAGAAGACAAGAGUAAGAUAGUUCGUGUGCUCAACCUAUGGCAGAAAAAUGGAGUGUUUAAAAUAGAAAUAAUUCAGCCUCUCCUGGACAUGGCGGCGGGAGCUAGCAGUACAACUUCAAUGACAGAAGAUGCCACUAAUAAUGAAGGUUCACCACCUCCUGCCACAAUGAUUCCAUCUGAGCCUCCCCAAGUUGCUUCUAAUUCAGUACCUACUGUACCUACUGUGCCACAACUGCCCAGUUCUGAUGCCUUUGCAGCUGUAGCUCAAUUAUUUCAGACAACACAAGGACAGCAGCUCCAACAGAUUCUUCAGACCUUUCAACAGCCUCCAAAACCCCAGUCCCCGGUGAUAGAUAAUAACGUGAUGGCUCAGGUUCAAGCUAUUACUGCUCAGCUACAAACAACGACAACACAGCCAUCAGAACAAAAGCAUGAUUUCUCAGCACCAGAGCAAAAGACAUCUUUUGAUAAGAAGCUGCUGGAUCGAUUUGACUAUGAUGAUGAGCCAGAAGCAGUGGAAGACUCAAAGAAAGAGGAUUCAGUGCCUUCUCCUUCAGUCUCUCAACCAACAUUUGGAUUUCCAGGUGAAGGCAUACAGCAGCCAGUUUACCCACAGCUCCCAAAUAUAGAUCAAUUUCAGCAGCGAAUGCUGGGGAUGCCGCAGGACCCUAUGCUUCACCAGGUCCCACUUCCUCCCAAUGGACAAAUGCCAAGCUAUGGACUUUUACCUGCUCCACAAUUCCCUCCAAUGGCUCAGCCUGUGAUACAGCCUUCACCUCAAGUGCAGCAGUCUUUCCAGCCAUCCUUUUCUGCACAAAAUGAACCUCAUACACAGAAAACACACCAGCAGGAAAUGGAAGUGGAUCAGCCUGCUGCUCAGGAAGUAAAGAGACAUGAAAGCAGAAAGUCACGAUCUAGAUCUGCAUCAAGAUCACCUAAGAGGAGACGAUCACGGUCUGGUUCUCGGACACGAAGAUCACGUCAUCGGCGUUCUCGUUCCCGAUCUCGGGACAGGCGCCGCCAUUCUCCUAGGUCACGAUCCCAGGAAAGGCGUGAGAGAGAGAAAGAGAAAGCGCGCAGAACAAAAGGCCUUCCGCCAAUCAAAGCAGAAACUGUUAGUGUUUGCAGUACUACACUCUGGGUGGGACAGCUGGACAAAAGAACAACACAGGCGGAUGUUGGAGGUCUUUUGGAAGAGUUUGGCCCAAUUGAAUCUAUAAAUAUGAUUCCACCAAGAGGAUGUGCCUAUAUUGUAAUGAUGCAGAGACAAGAUGCAUACCUUGCCCUGCAAAAACUCAGUCGAGGCAACUUUAAAGUGAAUCAAAAAUCUAUAAAGAUUGCAUGGGCUUUAAAUAAAGGAAUUAAACCAGACUAUAAGCAGUAUUGGGAUGUGGAAUUAGGUGUUACCUACAUACCCUGGGGAAAAAUAAAGCCUGAAGAUCUGGAAAGUUUCUGUGAGGGAGGAAUGCUGGACAAUGAAACACUUCGUCCAGAAUGGAAAGGAAUUCCUAAAAAAUCAGAAAACCAAGUUGCCCAUAAUGGAGGUGCAAGAGGUGGAGAAGCUACACACAAUGAACAAACACCUGUAACUAAAACUUUGUCAGUUCAAAUGCCUGUUCCCAUGCCUGCACCAAUAACAGUGCCUCCACCACAGGUUCCACCACAUCAACCAGGCCCUCCAAUGGUUGGUACACUACAGCCACCUACAUUUACCCCUCCCUUAGGAAUUCCACCUCCUGGGUUUGGUCCUGGAGUUCCUCCACCACCACCUCCCCCUUUUUUGCGACCUGGCUUCAAUCCAAUGCAUUUACCACCAGGUUUUCUUCCUCCUGGACCACCACCACCUAUUAAUCCUCCAGUUUCAGUUCCUCCAGUAUCUGUCCCUCCUUCUCCAGGAGUAAAUAUUCCAAACUCUACUGUGGCCAGUAUAAAUGAAGAUACUACAAAAGACUCUUCUGUGGGAAACCCUAUUCCAACCGUAGUUUCUGGAGCUAGAGCAAAUGCUGAAAAUGCAGAUGGUUCCAAAGGAUAUCCAAAUGCUCCACCACCUGCAACUUCUUCUAGCAUACCAGCUCCUGUCACUCAACCUGUCCCACUCCUUGGUACUCAAGGAGUUACACCUAGUCCUGUGAUUGGCUUACAGGCACCUUCUACAGGCCUUCUGGGUGCACGACCUGGUUUGAUACCACUCCAGCGACCCCCAGGAAUGCCACCACCUCAUCUGCAGCGGUUUCCAAUGAUGCCACCUCGUCAUAUGCCUCCUCAUAUGAUGCACAGAGGUCCACCUCCAGGCCCAGGAGGCUUUGGGAUGCCUCCACCUCAUGGGAUGAAGGGUCCUUUUCCACCACCGGGCCACUUUGUGAGACCUGGUGGAAUGCCUGGAGGGGGACCUGAUGAUAACAGAGAUGGGAGGCAGUUCAGGAAUGAUAGGCAGCCAUUUACUCCAAACAGAGACCAGGAAAGGUUUGGAAGGAGGUCUUUUGGAAAUCGGAUAGAAAAUGAGCGCUAUGGUAACCGCAAUGAUGACAGAGAGCAUGAACGUCUUGGUAAUCGUGAAAGGAGAGAAUGGGGAAGAAGAAGCCCUGAACGUGAUAGACACAGAGACUUGGAGGAAAGAAAUAGGCGUUUCAGCGGACAUAGAGAGAGAGAUUCUAGAGAUAGGGAGUCUCGCAGAGAAAAGGACGAAAAUCGAGGGAAGGAGAAACCUGAGUUGACAGACAGGGUAGAUGGUGUCAAAAACCAUGAAUCCCAAAGUGGCAAAGUGGAAAACACAGACACUGUUUCAGAACUGAAUAAAGGGGAGUCUGAACCCACAGAUGUAAAACCUGCUGAAGAGUUAACAUCUGAGACUACCUCAUCUCUUGAACAACCUGAAAAGUCUGCUGGCUCAGUUGCAGAGGCUCCACGCUAGAGACUGGGAAAAUUUUGGAGUGUAGAGCUUUAGAGUUGUACAUUAUGCUGUAUAUUUGCUUCUGCUAUAUCACAACUCCUCCAUAGUUUAUGGGGAUAUGUAAGCAAUUUGAUUGCUUUCCUUCUAUUUAAAAUAGUUACAAAAUAACACAAAAAGAAAUGAAUAAACCAUUACCCAUUUUUGCUGUAACUUUUUAAAAGUUUUGACUUUAAAAAGUUUACACAUCAGAAUUAGAAGUGCUUUCUAUUUUUUUUUUAAUUUAAGUGAAGGUAACAGUAAAAGCUCAAAACAAAUAGGGAUGUGUUUUUAAUAAACUCUAUUUUCCUAACAAACUUUAAUGUGUGCUAUUCUUCCUGCACUGCACUGAAGUGGUAAAGGAUUGUUCAACAUCUUAAAGUUUGAACCGUUAAUGCUGUACUCAAGUCUAAAUUAGACUUUGUUCAAAUCUGUUAAACAUGUUUGUAUAACAGUUCACAGAAGCUAAUUCUUUGUGUUAGUUAUGUUGAUUCUUAGAUUUCUGCAUUUUAAUUAUCUACAUGACUAUACUAGAUGAAAAAAAUAGUAGCUUUAAAUGUUGUUUUAAAAAGAAAUCUAGUGUUUGCAGUGGGUUUUUUUUUUUUUUGUUCUCCCUCCACCUCCUUCUAUUUGAUUCUGCAGGAAAUGUUGCCCUAAAAACAAGUUUCCUAACCAGGUGGGGUAUUCUGGGAAAGCACAUCAGUGUAGUUUUGUGGUUGGAAGAGGUAAGACUAAGACAGCACCGUAUUUCUAAUUUGUCAUAGGGAAGUAUCUGAAAGCAAAUGAUUAAAAAGAUUUUUUCAAAUGAUGUCUACUGCUUUGCCAGUCAGAUUACUUAUCAUUCCACCUGUCCAAUUGUUUAACAAAGUAUUGAUUCCAGAUCCUCUUCUGCAGACUUGGAAAGUGACUGCAAGCCCAAAGAACUGUAUCCCAUACAUACUUUUAUGGCCACGACUAGUCCCAUGUACAAGGGGAGAGACCUACCCUUAUGCAACAAGCGAAGCUGUGAUUCUCUAAAAAUUAUUCUUCAAUUUUGAACUUCUGUAUUUUUUUACCCUCUACCUUGAGAUGCUCAGUAGUUAUUGUUCCUAUUUAGGUAAAGACAACGGUUUUCGUGCUCUCUCCUUCCAGUUGAAAAUCUGGGGAAAGUGGAAUCUGAGGCAGGGUUUUUUUCUUGCAAUAGAAUAAAGAAAAGUAACUUAUACUUGUGAAUAAAUUUCAAUGUGUUUGAGCUUUGUUUCUAUACUAUUAAUCAGUAGUUAAGACACACCAAAAAGAUUUUAAAACUAGCUUAGCAACAAUUCUGCAAAAAGAGAGGGUAGACAUGUAGGUAUAAAAAUCCCUGUAAGGGGGGAAAGUAUGUAGGCAACUGAAACCAACUCUUACAAUCAAAUGCCUUGGUUCAAAGCUCCAAACUUAAAUACACCAGUCUCAAACUAUGAGAGAUGUAUUCUGGCUGCUCUGAUUUCUUCAUUUCCAGAUCUAGUUUUUGAAAGAUAGUGAAAAAAAUAGUAUAAAGUAACAAGGACUUUAAUGAUAGCUGUCACUAUUGUUUUAAAGGAAAGCUUGCACUGUAAAGUCACAUGACAUCUAUACACUUCGUGUAAGGCAAAAAAUGCUGACAAAGCCAUGGCUUUGAAAAUGACUACUGCACAGCCAGCUUGUUAUGAGUGUCAAGAUUGCAAAACCUAGAUGGUUUCAGGUAAGAUUUUUUUUCUUCAGUCUUGAUUCCAGAAAGGGUCCUCCAGCUUGUUCAAGUAUGGGUAACAGCUACAUGAUCCACCCCCCACCCCCCCAAAACAACUGCAUAGGAUAUGUGUGUUUCAGCAUGCCUUUUGCACUGGAAGGCUUAGUCUCAAACCCAUUUUAAAGCAAGUGUUCAGUCUUAAAACCAAGUUCAUCACUGCUAGGCAUACACAAAGCAGCAUUACCUUUAGCAACACCAUUGAUCUCUGCAAGAUCCAUGGCUAUUCCACAUUCUGUAGGCAGACUAGUUGUGUUGGUAUGAAUUUUUUACUAUGCUUAAUGGCUUUUAUUAAAGUGUCAAGCAGAAUGUUACAACAGAUGUGGCAGGAAUGGCUUCUGUAGUUAUAGUAGCUGAGUAACUCAUUGUACAGAUUAGAGUUCAAUUCAUGCUGAAUGUAUGCCUUGUCAGUAUUACUUUCUGUAAUAAAGAAAUGGGUCUUUAAUCCAUAACUGGCCCUGCUACACAAUAUAGUAUGCUAGCUUCAUAUUUAGAUGAAAUUUGAUUUGGUUUCAUCUAAAUGUUUUAGUUUUGUUAUAUUUAAGCUAUGCUAUAUCUCCCUAACAUGUAAGGGAGGUAGAGCUUAAGAAAAUGUGUGUUCUACUUACAAGAGGAUGACACAUGUACAAAAAUAGCUUAUGUUCAACAGCUCUUAAGUCAUAAUGUUCUAGGAUACUUUGAAGUGUUCUGAGCAAACAUUCAACUUUACUUGCAUUACAUUUGGUCGCAUUAGCUAUGGUUAGACCAGUUGCAGUUUAAUUUAGGGGCAAGUUCAAGUUAAAUAGCUCUUCGGGCUUAUUUGCACCUAGUAUCUAAGGCAAUAGAAAAUACCUGCCUUUUCAUGCAGGAAGCUCCAAUUUGAGGAGGGCAGGGCAGCAAGUGCCUCUUUACCACAAUAGUAAAAAAGCUUCAAGAACAGACUAGGUUGAUGCCUCACCUCACAAUUAGACAAAUGCUCUGAUGAGGAGUGAGGUGGUAGAGUCAGCCCAGAUAAUUUCCCCUCAGAUACACUGUCUACAUAAUGGAAAUAAUUUCUGUAUAAUGUUUGCCACUUUAAUUACAAGGUAUACAAAAUAGAACUUGUCAACGUAAAUUUCAUUCAACAGAACCAUGAGCUGAAAUUGCAGCUUUUACUCUAAGCAAAGCCAGAACACUUUAAUGCCACAGAUACAUUUACACUCCAUAUGAACGGCUUUUAGUAUACAAUGUUAGUCUUGACAAAUCUAAGCCUUAGCUAAUCCAAUCACACCACAAGCUAGACGAGCACCAGCAUUUCCAGUUUUCAAGCUUUCUUCAUUGUUUCCUCUACCCAGGUCAUCUUCUUUCUCAUGAACCUAGAGGGGGCAGAAACAGAAUUAGCCCAACUUUGUUACAUUAAUAAAAUACCAGUUUUAUUACUUAAUGGAAUUGAUUUCAUUAGAGUUCAGCCAUGUUUUGAUGCUAGCUGAACCUUUACCUCUACCAUUUAAAAUAUACACUGUAGUCUGAAGAUUGCUAGGAACACCUGAACUGAUAACUGAGCUUCAAGGCAAGCAGUUAGUUUCAAUCUCAUGAUGCAAACAGGCCAAGGAAGUAUAACUUACAAGUAGAUUCCAGUAGCCUACAGUGAACAGAUAAUCAGUACAUCAGGAAGAGACUUCACGUUUCAUGCAAUGGCAUUGUUCCCCACAUCCUUUAGCAUGAUUUGGCCACAUGCAUGCUGUGCACUCUGAUAAUUAAAUACCCAGCCGGACCUGGACAGCUGCUCUAACUAUAGCUCAGAGAUAGACAGAAUUUUGCACUUCCAUCUGAAGAAAACCAGUGCCACCUCAAGCACCUGUACUGAGUGGUAUACAUGGAAAGUUUGAGGGUAUAGAAUUAUUUCUCCCAUAUCCAAAUUAAUCUCUGUGUUUUAAUGAUUCAAGUGCAAUGUUUAAAGUUGCAACUCAAACUAUAUUUAACACAUUAGCUUUUAGAGUCAAGUGCUAAAAGCACCCUAACACCUCGAGAUGUUUUCCUCCAUUCAUGUAGCAAGACCCAAUGUGCAAUAUUCAGAAGAAAUCUGGGCUUCAAGAUGCAGUUGCUCAACCCACAUACAAGUUACGAAAGUAGUUAAGUCUGCCUAAGGAGAAUCAGAAGCAGCAACUCUGUGCAAGAGCUUUAGUUCUCAGCAUACUGUGGAUUAGCACUAGAGAGAUACAGCGAACUGUUUAACAGGUUUGAAAGCCUUACUAAAAUUGUCCCCCCACCAACCAUAUCUGUAGGGAAGUAGGCUCAAAUACUCACCACUGCGGUACGUCCAAUAAUGGAAUGUGGUCCCGUGAGAGAAAUAACAUGGUCUUGUAUCGACACAUCUGCCUUACCGUUGGGGUUUGCAGUCACAUUUCCAAGAUCCCCAACAUGCCUGCAACAUAGUUAUUUGGUUCAGUCCAUUUGCUAGCAAAACUUUCACCAAAAUGAUCAAAUUUGCUGAGAAGUUACUGUCACGUAUCAGUCAAACACGGCAACUUUGGUGCCAAUUUGUGAAGUCUAAAGAAUACUGAAGUUAGCUCAAGUGUUCUUGCAAGUGUGUUAAUCAAAGGUCUACCUAUCCACUUGUUCCAUGGCAUGCUACCCGUUUUAGCAUGUAAAGUAUAAUAUACUUAAUUAUAUUUGCCCACCUUAAAGAAAGCAUUGCCCAACAGUGCAAGAUCUAGUUAUACCUAAAAUCACAAGCUGUCCUAGCUGACAAGAGCAGCAAGUUCAAGCCAUCAUUUGUAAUAUAUAUAUAUAUGAAUAUGAUCUUUAAUACUGAGCAAAUGACUGAUAGUUUUAGUUACCCUGUUUUAGUCAUUGCCUUGCUGAGCCUUUAUCAUGGUCAGAAUACCAGAAUUCUCCACAAAGCAAUUCUAACAGCAUCAGCUGUAAUAGUGACACCAGGAAAGGAUUAACAAUUGUAAAAGAAUCUAGGAUGUUCUGAAGAGUACAAAUGGGGUCUUAUCUGUAAAUCAGAGCUUCCACUAGAAAACUGAUGCUUUCAUUCUAAUUCAGAUGUACAGUACACAAGUAUUGAUGCCUCUUUGUAUAGCUGUAUUUUACUUGUUCUAGUAGUGUCUGUAUUAACAUUUUAUUUUAUGCAAAAAUAAACUAUAUGCAAGAUAAAUUUCU